AUGUACAUACAGAUCGAUUUUUUGGAUGAGACAGCGCUGGUGGAGAUAAUUGGCAUGAUCAUCUUCAUGCUGACGGUGCUGUUUUCCGUUGUAAGCUUGCUGGACUGGUUGAAAUACCAUUCAUUUUCUUUGCCUCUGUCGCUUGUGGCCCUCAUCAUCUUGACUCUCCUCCAUGCAAUGUAUCGAGUCUUUGGAGAGUGUGUGGCCAUCAACACUCUAUGGGAUAAUGACAAUCGGGCGCUGUCGCUCCCCAAGCUGAGGCAACACGCAUCUUUCCUCCGAGCGAUGCAGAACAAAGUCGCCGUCUUCGAGAACCGACAGGAGCUCUUCCCCUUGGCCGUGACCCGAAACCUGCGCAACGGGUGGGUGGCCACUCUGAUUGUGACUUCCCGCAAUUCAGAUCGCAAAGCCCCUGAUUCUGAACGGCCUCCUUCGAUGGCAACUCCAAGGAUUGCUGGACCUCAUCGACGACAUGUUUCACAAUGA